AUGAACGACAAGUACUGGGAACUGCUACAAGAGGGUCUUCGCACAGGGUACUCCGAGCAACGUAAAUACUGUCUUUCCAUUCUCAAGACUUCCGUUCAGAUACUCAACAUUGACUUGGACGCCCCUCACAUGACGCUUCAAAUCCGGGCAAAAAUGGACUAUGUACUCCACUUCGACAAAUACAUCACAGUAUUCGAGACUAUCGUUCUAGGCCGAUAUAUGAAUCAGGUUGAGGAGUGUCUUCCAGAUCUGCAGAUGCUAUGCUCUUCCAGCUCCAGGAUUCAUCCGACUUGGAUGAAGACACUGCUAGAGGCCGCAUUCCAGCAGAACAUCCAGGAUGGCAUCCGCAAGUUCGUCGGGAACUGGCUCAUGGAUUUGUCGAGUCUUUAUCUGGACCUGGAUCGACCGACUCAGGAAGGAGGCCACAGACUGCUGAUCACACUCAUCACUCAGACAUCGCCGAAGAAUAACAUCAUUACGCAAUCGCUGCUUCCUUGGGCCACACAAGGCUCUCUGUUUACCUCCAGCAUUCGCAGCACGCAAGACAAUCGCACCGUUUGCUGCGAGCAUGGAGAGAAGCUCUCAAGCUUCAUUGAAGGGCUACUCCGCCGAUGUCCCGACAACACCAUCCGCUCCCUGCAUUUGCGCACGCUGCUUACUUGGUUACAUGAUACGAGCAUCGACGGGAGACUCUUUCCCCACGCAGCUGCCUACAUCGUCGAUGGUCUGGUUCGCGGCGCGGGGCUUCAGGAGCCCAUCUGUCGUAUAGGUAAAGGAGCGCCUCUUGAUGUGGUCGUACCUGGCAUCGAGCAGCAAGACUUGGAGCUUUUAGUCAAGAUUGCAACACGCACUGGCCUCCCGGAAGUCGUCCGGGACUAUCUUGUAGCACUUUGCUUGCGUAUAGAAUCCUUAUUGAAGCGGACGUCGCCAGGCUCUGCUAUGGAAGGUUUCACUUAUACUACAAUGCUAGCAAGGCAUACCUGGCUUCUUGCUCCAGUGACAAUCGAAAAACUUACGGCACUGGAGCUACAGAAGUGGCUAGUGCAUGCUGCUAUCGAAGCGAGUGGCCCCUCAGCUUCAGCGAAUAACCACUAUGAUGAGGAUGAAAAGGGUAAAAUAAUUGUCGAUCUUGGUUCAAGGAAUCUAUCAUUGACAGAAUUCAUCAAGCCAUUAGUGCUAACGAAUUACGAACUUCUUCACGGCAGUGGUCUCAAUAGAAGUUGUCGAUACCUGUUCCUGUUAUUGAAUAACAAUAGUUCGGAUACAGUACCGUCGAACCUCCUGCUCCAAGCGCUGGAGGCAAUCUGGAGUGAAGUUGAACGACAGGACUAUCCCAAGCAGUCCUUGAUGGAGGUACCGAACGUCUUCUUCCACCCUACAUCGAUCAAGCUUAGCGUUGAUGCGCCAGAACUCGCGGCGCUGCUCUCAUCUACCUUAGCCAUACUGCAACAGCUGUGUGAUGGCAGAAUAUACGUCUUCUCACCGCUCGCCAAAGCUUUGAGCAACGCGUAUCGUAAGGCUCCUGAAGUCACUAAGCUCCUGCCAUUUGAAGACUUCAUCGUCCAGAUAGCGAACCAUCCACCAUCGCCGAAGCUGGAGUUCCUGUUGGAUUCUUCCGUAGCUGAGAAGCUGGAACAGAUUGCACCACACCGGACCUACUCGUUCUACUACGGACACCAUCAAAGCUAUGGUUACGCGUGCAUCUUUGACACCCUUAACAGCCUGAGAGUUACGGACCAUGCCGUCGGCAAGCGAAUCUUUGAUCGGCUGCUUGAGCCCUGGGCGAACCAGAAGAUGCCAAUCUCCAUUGUCAGCAAGUGGAAGAAGACAACGCAGCUGCAGACAAUGCUUCUACUCUUGGACACAUGCAUGUCUACGUCUACAUCCGAGGAGUUGUCUGCCUACCUUCGCUCACUACUGUCCAUAAUAUCCAUCGAGCCUCUUCCCCGGUACCGAUUCCUCCUCGAAUGGAUCAUCGCCCGCAUCUACGUUCAGCACCCAGACCGCCGUCCAGACCUAUUGACUCUGAUAUCAACCAAAGACCACUCGAACCCGAAGUACCUCGCUUCCAUCAUGAAGCUAGCAGUCAUGAUUGCCCGCGUGGCAGACUCGCCCGAAUCAUUCGCUCUCAAACUGAUGACGCAACUCGUUCCGCUCUCCGCCAGCUCCAAGAUCAUCAUCAGACACGAAGCACAGUGGUCCUUCCCACCGCUGUGGGAUCACGCCGCCGAGCGUGACUGGACCAGCAUCACGGAGAACCCGGCGUUCGCUGCGCUGAACGAUAGUAUACGAAGCCACGAGAAGUACUUGGCGCCUCCGCCGGGUCGCUCGCUGGAGUGGCUGGAUCCUGUUGACGAUCAUAACCUUGCGACGCUGUUUCAGGGCGGAUAUCUGCGGAUGGAGCCUGCUGAAGGGGAGAUCGUACGGGUUGAGGACUUUGAGGAGCUCUGGGCGGAGAAGGAGAACACAAGGUCCGGAGAGGGAGCGGAAAAAGCCAUGCCACCGCCACGCGUGCCACUCGGUCGCCGCAAGCCUCAAGCCCCUUCGACACCUGCAGCAGCGCAAGAAACCGAGUCUCAGGAUACCAUAGCACACGCUCCCUCCCUCCUCUCCCCCGCCACAGCAACAACUCCAACCCCCCUCCAAACAAAACCCCAGACCCUCCCCCUCCUCUCCCCCUCCCGUCCGCUGUCCACGGAUCCCCUCGACCCCUCCACCCGACCAACGCCCCUCAUUAUAAUCGCCUCCCUGAUAGCCAACCCGCACAACCUAGGCGGCCUGUCCCGCAUCUCCGAGAUCUUCGGCGCCGCCUCCCUCCACCUGCGCACCACGGCAGUCCUCACGGACCGCGACUUCCUCGCCGUAUCCGUCUCCAGCCACCUCCACCUCUCGAUCCACGCCCUCCCGCCCACGCCCUCCUCGCUCCUGCCGUUCCUGCGGGAGCGUAAAGGGGAGGGGUAUACCGUCGUGGGCAUCGAGCAGACGGACGCGUCUUUUGUACUCGGGGCGCCUGGGACGAGUGUCCCGCGGAAAGCGGUGCUGGUCCUCGGCAGCGAGAGGGAGGGGAUUCCGGGGUGGUUGUUGAGUGAGAUGGAUGCGUGUGUGGAGAUUGGACAGGUGGGGCGGACGAGGAGUCUCAAUGUGCAGACGGCGGCGGGGUGUGUGUUGUUUGAGUGGUGGAGGGAGCAUGGGGGCGGCGGUGGUGGGUGA